AUGCGAGUCACGUCGUACCAGAGGCUGUCAUCGGAGCGCCCCGAGGGUGGCGCCGCGAGGGCGUGGGCGUGGGCUUCGCUGAGGCGGGCAGCCGCAGCAGGGGUCGCCCGGCUGUACGCCGCGCGGCGGCGGUGGUCGUGCACGCGGAGGACGUGGGUUGCCGGGAGGGUGGCCCGGCCGCUGCAGGCGAAGGCGGCGGCGACGAGGUACGAGUACGACUCGGCGAGCUACGCGCGCAACUUCGACGACGGGGCGUGGAUGGCCGAGGAGGGCGUGUCAUGGAACGCGCGUUCGUUCGGCGCGUGCAGACUCGCCGCCGUCCAGCCAUAA